AGUCCCUUCGCUCACCAACCGCCUGAGAAGGAAUAGAACGAAUAUUCAAACCAACCGCUCAACGAACGUCUCGCACGAAGUGACAACAUGAAAGCAAUAAGCCCAGUAAGGUCUUUCCGGAAAAAUAGCGCAAAUCUGUCUGAACACAGUCUGGGAAUCUCUCGGAGCAAGACUCCCGUGGAUGAUCCAUUAAGCCUGCUUUACAACAUGAACGACUGCUACUCCAAGCUGAAGGAGCUCGUGCCCAGCAUCCCUCAGAACAAGAACGUGAGCAAGAUGGAAAUCCUGCAGCAUGUCAUUGACUAUAUUCUGGACCUGCAGAUCGCACUUGACUCCAAUGUCGCAAUAACAAGCCUUCAUCACCAGCGACCGGGUCAGGCGACGUCCAGGACUCCCUUAACAACUCUGAAUACAGAUAUCAGCAUAUUGUCAUUACAGUCUCCGGAGUUUCCAUCAGAGCUGACGACAGAUGACAGCAGGACCCUUCAUCGUUAAAGCAGUGUUUGGUUAAGACACCAAAUACACAGGACCUGGGAACCGGACGUUUUCCUCAAUUUUUGUUCUCCGGUUCUGGAUUUUCUUCUUUAAUUGAAUCAAGAGACUUUGCUUAUAAAGGACAAUCUAUGUGAUGUGUUUUCAGUUCGGACACUCAUAUUAUUUAAUUUAUGACUUUUAUUGGUCCUUUCUUGAAAUGGAAGGCGCGCUAUAUUCCCGACACUGGGGGAAAAAACAAAUAUGAGAUUAUUGUCACGUGGAUUUCCCCCUAACCCCCCUGAAGUCUUCGCUUUUUCGCGGAGUUGGAGCUGAAUAGAAGACAACUUGGUUAGUUACUGUAUAAAGUUUAGUCUGUCUUGUCAGAAUUGUUACUCUUCUUGGCACAUGAAGGACUGGACGUUGUAUAAAAAUAUGAAUUGAACACGUGAAACUUUCUGUGAACUCUAUCGGAGUUUUAUCUUGUAUAGUUGCAGGAAUUGCACAUUUCUGCAAAGGUGUAAUGCUGUACUUAAUUAUGCUGAAACUUUUUAUAAAAGUAAUGUAAAUUGUACCUUUUUAUACAAAAUAAUAAAUCAAAUGCAUUAUU